UAUUCUAUUAAUUUUACUUGCUUAAGUAUCUUUCACAUUUGACAUCUCCUUUUCUUCUCCACGGUCACUGUCAUAUCUCAGGUCCUCAUACCUUAUCCAGGCUAUUAAAACUGUCUCCCUACUCCAGUUUCAUAAGCCUGAACCAUUUUUCAUAUCACCAAUUUUCUUCUAACGUUGGUCUUGCCUCCCUUUCUGGUAAAAAUACUUCAAGAUUCCCGUCCAUAAGGGCUAAAAAAACAAAGCUUUCACAAGGCCUUCAUAUUUGCUAAGUCUCCUGUCUCAUUUCUUGCCAUUUUCCCACUUGGUCCUCACACACCUAUACCACACUUCUUGCACUCACUCUUGCACUAAUCACUCUCACAACUCCAGGGCCUUUCCUUCCUUCCUUCAGCCAGGAAUAACUCCUUCCCCAUUGACUACCUCUCCAACUCCUCUCUUCACUCUUCAGUUCUCCAACAGGAGUGUACCACAUCUGUGAAGCCUGUCCUGAUGCCGCAAACCACUGUACGGGCCCCUUUCCCUGCGUCCUAAGGACCCCUUGAAAAUUACUGUAUUUAAAUGACUACACGGGUCUAUGGUUGUUCAUUUGCACAUUUCCUUCCUUCCUAAGACCGUGAACCCUUGGAGGCGGUAAAUAGAGUUUUAAGUCUCGGCUCCAAUCUAUCACAGAACCUUACAGUUCUGCUUGCAUUCUCUGACAAUACAAGCUUACAGAACAUCAACGCUAAGUAGAAACAGAAGCUAGGAAAGAACUGGAACCUUCGUAAAAGGAAAUCUCGCGAGAUGUUGUAGAUCUUUGGCGUCCCGCGAGAGAUGCUGCUGAGUGACGGUUAUUUAGCCGUUAAACAGCGGUUUGCCUCGCGCCUCCCUGUGGGUUCCUGAGGCGGAGCCAUUUUCCGCUCCUCCCGAGGUUCGAUGUUCGGGGGCAGAAUCUCUGGUUGAAUCUUUCUGUUUCUCUAAUAAGGAGCAGGUUACAGUUCGCGUGGGCACCGAGUCCGCGGUUUCCCGCUGGUUCUUUAAAGGUAAUUACAACUGGAAGAGAGGAAAUGGAAAAGCAAAAGACCUUUAAGUUGUUUGUACCACCAAGAUUAAGUAGCAGUCAGGUGUCUGCAGUGAAACCUCAGACCUUGGGAGGAGAUUCUAAUUUAUUGAAGAGUUUCAACAAAUGCAUUGAAGAUAAUUUUGGUUUUCCAUUUGCAAUGACUAAGCUCUCCAGAAAUGGGGAAAACAUUGAUUCAGAUCGUGCUUUACAAAAAGUUAACUUUUUGCCCAUGCUCGAACAGGUUGAUAAUUCUGACAGCUGUCACUACCAGGAAGGACUAAGAGAAUCUGAUUGUGAGAAUUCAGAGCCAAUGAGCAGACUAUAUUCAAAACUAUAUAAGGAGGCUGAAAAGAUCAAGAAGUGGAAAGUGGAUGUAGACUCUGAACUGAAGCAGAAAGAAAAUAAAUUGCAAGAAAAUAGAAAGAUAAUAGAAGCACAGCGGAAGGCCAUUCAGGAACUACAGUUUGAAAAUGAAAAAGUAAGUUUGAAAUUAGAAGAAGGAAUUCAAGAAAAUAAAGAUUUAAUAAAAGAGAAUAAUUCUACAAGACAUUUAUGUAAUUUACUCAAAGAAACCUGUGCCAAAUCUGCUGAAAAAACAAAAAAAUAUGAAUAUGAACGGGAGGAAACUAGGCAAGUUUAUGCGGAUCUAAAUAAUAACAUUGAGAAAAUGAUAAUAGCUUUUGAGGAACUUCGUGUGAAAGCUGAGAAUUCCAGACUGGAAAUGCAUUUUAAGUUAAAGGAAGAUUAUGAAAAAAUACAACAUCUAGAGGAAGACUAUAAGAAGGAAGUAAAUGACAAGGAAAAGCAGGUAUCACUGCUAUUGAAUCAAAGUGCUGAGAAAGAAAAUAAAAUGAAAGAUUUAACAUUUUUGCUAGAGGAAUCCAGAGAUAAAGUUAACCAAUUAGAGGAAAAGACAAAAUUACAGAAUGAAAACUUAAAAGAAUCAAAUGAGAAACAGGAUCAUCUGACAUCAGAACUAGAAGAUACUAAAAUGUCCUUGCAAAGAAGUGUGAAUACUCAAAAGGCUCUAGAGGAAGAUUUACAGAUAGCAACAACAAAAAUAUAUCAGCUUACUGGAGAAAAAGAAGCUCAAAUGGAAGAAUUUAAUAGAGCUAAGUCUGCUCAUUCACUUAUGGUUACUGAAUUUAAAACUACUAUAUGCAACUUGAAAGAAUUAUUGACAACAGAACAGCAGAGAUUGGAAAAACUUGAAGAUCAAUUGAAAAUACUUACCAUGGAGCUUCAAAAGAAAUCAAGUGAGCUGGAAGAAAUGACUAAGCUUAAAAAUAACCAAGAAGUAGAACUUGAAGAACUGAAAAAAAUCUUGGCAGAAAACCAAAAGCUUUUAGAUGAAAAGAAGCAUUUUGAGAAGAUUGCUGAAGAAUUAAAAGGAACAGAACAAGAACUAACUGGUCUUCUCCAAACUAGAGAGAAAAAAGUACAUGAUUUAGAAAUACAAUUAACUGCCGUUGGGACAAGUGAGCAACAUUAUUCAAAACAGGUUAAAGAGCUGAAAACUGAGCUUGAAAAUGAGAAGCUUAAAAAUACUGAACUAACUGCCAGCUGCAACAGGCUUUCACUGGAAAAGAAACAAUUGAAACAAGAAACAAGUGAUAGGGUCCUAGAACUCAAGAAACAGCAAGAAGAUAUUAAUAAUAGCAAAAAGCAAGAAGAAAGGAUGUUGGAACAAAUAGAAAAUCUGAAAGAAACAGAAACACAAUUAAGGAAUGAACUGGAAUCUGUAAGAGAAGAACUAAAACAGACAGGAGAUGAAGUUAAAUAUAAAUUGCACGAGAGUGAAGAAAAUGCUCGAAGCAUUGAAUGUGAAGUUUUAAAAAAAGAUAAACAAAUGAAGGUACUAGAAAACAAGUGUAACAAUUUAAAGAAACAAAUUGAAAAUAAAAGCAAGUGUAUAGAAGAACUCCAGCAGGAGAAUAAGGCCUUAAAAAAGAAGGGUACAGCAGAAAGCAAGCAACUGAAUCUUUAUGAGAUAAAGGUCUGUAAAUUAGAAUUAGAACUAGAAGGUGCCAAGCAAAAAUUUAAAGAAAUGACUGACAGCUAUCAAAAAGUAAUUGAGGACAAAAAGAUAUCAGAAGAAAAUCUUUUGGAAGAGGUUGAGAAAGCAAAAGUAAUAUCCGAUGAAGCAGUAAAAUUACAGAAAGAAAUUGAUAUACGAUGUCAACAUAAAAUAGCUGAAAUGGUAGCACUUAUGGAAAAACAUAAGCACCAGUAUGAUAAAAUUGUUGAAGAAAGAGACUCAGAAUUAGGACUUUAUAAGAGCAAAGAACAAGAACAGUCAUCAAUGAAAGCAUCUUUGGAGACUGAAUUAUCCAAUCUCAAAACUGAACUUUUAUCUGUUAAGAAACAACUUGAAAUAGAAAGAAAAGAAAAAGAGAUUCUCAAAAGAGAGGCAAAAGAAACUAUAGUUACUCUCAAAGAAAAAGAAGACAAGAAGACACAGACAUUGGAAACACCUGAAACUCAGUAUUGGAAAUUUGAUUCUAAAGCAGCUCUUCCUCAAAAUGUAUCUCAAAAUUUCAUAUCAGCUGAUCAUGGUAAAUCCAAAGAUAAAAGAGAUUAUCUGCAGACAUCUGCCAAAAGUACUUUAUCUACACCAUUACCAAAGGUAUAUACUGUGAAGACACCAACAAAACUAAAAAUUCAGCAAAGAGAAAACAAGAACACAACCAUUGAAGAAAGUAAUAAAAAAAGAAAAAUGGUCUUUGAGUUUGAUAUUAAUUCGGAUAGUUCAGAAACUACUGAUCUUCUGAGCAUGGUUUCAGAGGAGGAGACACUGACAAAGCUAUAUAAGAAGAAUAAUCCAUCAACUGCUCAUCUUUGUGUCAGGACACCAAAAAAGACCCCUUCAUCUCUAACAACCCCUGGAUCUACUCUGAAGUCUGGAGCUGUGAGGAAAAUGCGGGAGGACUAUUGGGCUCUAGUUGCUAAAAAGGAUAGGAAAAAAAAACUAAAGGAAGCAGAAAAGCUAUUUGUUUAAUUUCAGAAAAUGAGUGUGAUUAAGGAGCCUAAUAACAUCAAAUUUAUAGUUGUUAUUUUUGGAAGAGCCAAACUUUUUCUGUAAUUGAGACUUUUUUUGAUAUUUGCAUAAAUAAUUUAUUUCUUUUAUAUUUUGGUCUAACUGAAAUAACCACAUUUUACCUGAAAAUUUGUAAUUAUAUUCAUUUAAUUAGAGGAUUAUAUUUUGUUUUAACUUCUUGGAUUCCUGAAAAGUGUUUGGCUGAAUUUUCAAAUUUGUGAAGUUAUCGACUGAAUACUAAGAAUACAUUAUUGAGAUUUACUCUUUAUUUAUACUAUUAAAAUAUUUUGGAUGCAAAUAAAAUGCUUC